UGGCUUUUUUCACCUCCGUCUGUUUCUCCGUUUGUUUCUCCGUUUGUUUCACGAUGGCGAAGGAAUAAACGACAGGAGCAGCAGCGGGUCCGUGAACGCAUCUGAGCCGUCAGUGCCGGUUCUGUCGUGUCUGGUUCUGGUUGUGGUUGUGGUUCGGCUGCUGUCACAGACAUGAGGACAUCCACAGUAGUUUUCUUUGGGUCUGAACCGUCCGGAGCUUCGGCUUAAACGUAGACCGGGUUUCCUCCGUUAACAUGGACCGGGCUGAACACGGCUAACCGUUAGCUCAUUCCGCUCGCGCACACAGUGACUGUUGAACGGCUUUUGUCUGACACUUCCUUCUGUUCUGGUCUUCAAACCUCUGAGCUCCUGGAAGAUGUUGACAGGAUCUAAAAGCACCUUUAAAGUCCGACAGAUGCUCCCGGACAUGAAGGAGAGGAUGCUGAGUCAGAGUGGGGUGAACGCCAGGAGUCGAGAUGUGUUUGGACUGCGCUGCCUACCAGGUGAGUGUGUUCUUCAGAGAGCUGUGAUGGUGAGGAAGAAGCUGACGUCCAGGGAAGGAAGAGGCUGGCUGUCCGGGACGCUGUUCUGCACACAUUUCAGAGUGGCCUUUGUGCCUGAGGACAGCCCCAAACCUGACGACAAUGCAGACCCGGUGCUUUUAGGAGACCAUGACGUGGCCUUGGCGUCCAUAGAGAAGGUUGUCGUUGUCGGACCAAACAGAACCAAGCUGGUGAGCCCCAACUCGUCGUUGAAAUUCACUCCAGAGGAGCUGGUGCUUUACUGUCGGGACAUGAGAGUCAUGUGCUUCCUGUUUGACCGCCUCACCCCUGACGCCCAGGUCCUGGAGAUAACUUACACCAUCGCCAAGACGUACCAGCCUCUGAAACCGGGCUCAGUGUUGUCUUUCCAGAACGCUGCUCUGGGGAGCGUAGAAAUGAAGCAGUUUCUAAGCAACCGUCGCCGUGACGCCCACAUGAACUGGUUUGAGUCUGCGGUGGACUGGGAGCAGGAGCUGGAGCGCUGUGGGGCCAACGGGUGGAGGGUGAGCGCCGUCAACGACCGCUUCGAGAUGUCCACCAGCCUGCCUCGGUUCAUCGUGGUUCCACAGAAGGUUUUAGACACUGAACUGAAGAAAAGCUUCGCCCACUUCAACGAUGGACGCAUCCCUCGCUGGUGUUGGCGACACCCCCGUGGCAGUGACCUACUGCGGAUGUCCAGCUUCCAGAACAACAUCUACCAUGAGAAGGACGACAUCAGGAACCUGGAGCUGGUGCUGUUUGGAAGUCUGUCAUCUCUGUGUGUGGUGGUGGAGCUGGGAGGGGAGGAGCUUCCUUCCCCCUCCGACAUCCAGCUGGCCCACAGCCGCCUGAGGAGCCUCUGUCUGGGAGAUAUUUCUACGUCUGUGUCGGUGCCUGAUGACAAAUGGUUAUCGACUCUGGAGAGCACACACUGGCUGGACUACACCAGGUCGUGUCUGAGGAAAGCGUCAGAGGUCGCCUGCCUGCUUCGCAGCGGUCACCUGACCGUAGCGCUCCAAGAGGCUGAGGACCGGGACCUGAGCUGUGUGGUGUCCAGUCUGGUGCAGGUGAUGUGUGACCCCCACUGUCGGACCCAGAAGGGCUUCCAGGGCCUGGUCCAGAAGGAGUGGAUGAUGGGGGGACACCGCUUCUACAACCGCAUCAACUAUCACCGUGACAACGACAAGGAGGAGGCCCCGGUCUUCCUGCUCUUCCUCGACUGUGUUUGGCAGCUGUGGUCCCAGUAUCCGUCGCGCUUCCAGCUCACAGAUGACUUCCUGUUGGCCCUUCAUGACAGCGUUCACCUGCCGCUCUUCAACAGCUUCCUGUCCAACUGUCAGCGAGAACGAUGCAAACGCAGCCAGAACCUGACCCAGUCCUACACACCAGUCAACGGAUGGAGAGACAUGCUGCUUACUGAUUCGUCCUCAGAUCCAUGUGACCCCCCGCUGCCCCCCGUGUGGGACUGGGAUCUGCAGUACAGCCGGCAGAAACAGAUGCGCUUCAGCCAACCCGUGGCCCCCACCCCACCCCUCCAACCGCUGCUCAACGGAAACCUCAACACAAACCCCGACUCUCACAGGCUGGCUGACACCAUCCCAGGGUCGGUGUUCCUCCUGUCCCGGGGCUCCUUCUCCUGUCCUUCCAACCUGCUUCCGUGGCGCAGCACCAGUAACGGCUCAGGUGUUUAUAAGAAGAGCCACCGGAGGGCGCCGUCCUCUGACAACGUUCCGGGCCUGGAGCGGCUGCUCAAAGCCUGGGCCCUCACCGACUAUCCCCACAGCCUCACGUCCAACUCUGGACCCCAGGGGCCGCUGGACCCCUAUGAGCCCCUACUGCCCGUCCUGGUGGGGCCCUGCAUGGGCCUGUGGAGGGAGUGUUACCUCCGAGGGGCCCUCCACGCUCAGGCCUUCUCCCACCCGCUGUCCGCCAACCACCCCCACCCCGUGGAGCGUCUGGCCUGGGAGGUGCAGCAGCUCAAAGACAAACUGACGCAGGGUUCCGCCGGCUCCGACUCUGACUCCCCCUCCAAGACCCCCGCCGAGCCCCGACGCCCCCCCGACGCCAACCUCAACCAGAACACCAACAACGGCACCUUCCUGUUCCCGCUGUCCAGGCCUCAGCCCCCCGCCGUGGCCAGAGCCACGCCCCCCCUUCCUCCUACCUCCGCAAACCACCUGACCUCCAGAGCCCCGCCCCCUGCCUCUGUGGCCCCGCCCAGACCCGUGCACAAAGACAACGGAGGAAACAACAAGCACACGUUCCUGUUCGGACACACGUCAGCUGAGCAGCAGCGCUACUGCCCCCCCCCCAGCAGCUACUGCACCCCCCCCAGCAAGAUGAACAAGAGCAACGGGCCCUCAGUGGGCUCCUGAGGCCCCCCUGGUCCAAGACUCAGUACAGG